AUGGUUUGGAUAAAACCGGAAUAUUUACUUUUUGGUCAAACAUUUUGGCAGAACGAACGCUCAAAUAAAUACUUUAUUUUACAAAAACGGAAAGGCCAUGAUACUGGCAGUCCUGGUACAACUACCGAAUUAAUUGAUGGACAACACGAUCGACAGAAAACAGGCUCAGUAUCUACAAGAAAUACUUCAACUAGUAGUGAUGGGAACCAAUCAAGUUUGGGUGCUCUUUUUGUUUCUACAUUUGAUGCAAUAUUUGACACGCGUCCACCUCCGUAUAGAAUUCUUUAUCAACGGGACUUGGAUGAUGGGCAGAUUGCUUAUAUUAUUGCUGUAGCUGUUGAUUGGGAGGAAAUAUUAAAAGAUUGGGAUGUUUUGGAACAAACAAUUAUGCCUGUUUUAAACGCUCUAGAAGACAAUGAAGAAGAAUUGGCUAAAUUUGUAUUGAGCAAAAUUGAGGGUUUAUUGGCUUCUAAAAAUGAAGAAGUUGAGAAAAAUAAAAAUUUGGAGAAUAAUUUGGAUAAAAAUGAAGUAAAAAAGGAAGAAAGUAAAUUGUUGUCGUCUUCUUUGAAUGAUAAGGAUGAGGAGGAAGACGAAUUGGAACAAGUUACAAAUGCAGCAAUUCUUCGAAAAUUUCAAAAACUUUUUGAAAUGUCGGCGGAUGAGAAGCUUGUUAAUUAUUAUUCCUGUAGUUAUUGGAAAGGAAACAAGCCAUUUCAAGGCAAAUUAUAUUUAUCAGUCAAUUUUCUAUGUUUUUAUUCUUUUAUUGUUGGAAAUGAAUUAAUUGUUAAAUUGAGAUGGACAGAUGUUUUGAAAAUGUCUCACAACAAUUCUAUGCUAUCCAGAAGCCUUAAUGUUGUAACCAAAGAUGGGAGGAAACAUGUUUUUUCUGUGUUUAUGAACUUUGCUGAUGCUUAUAAACAUGCUUCACAACUUGCCAACUUUGCAAUGAAACAACUUAUAGAGGAGGAAGGUUUUUAUGAAGAUCCAUCACUUCGCAGCAAAUAUUUACAAGCGCCAACAAGGAAGCGUUCACAAAAAUGCAGUGGUGUUACUUUUGUGAAGAAGGAUUUGGAAGCAAAACAAAGGACAGACGCUUACAGGUGCGGUGAAUUUUUAAAAAUUUUUUAUAUUUUUAAUUAUCGGGUAAAAUUUGGUCUAACAAUAAGAAUAAUAGAGAUGUCCGAGACUCUUGGUCUUGGUCUUGAAACCAAGACUUCUCUUGGUUUUUUUUCGGUCUUGGUCUUGGGGUGUUUGUCUUGGUCUUGUCUUGGUUUUAUUUUUUGGUCUUGGUUUUUUGACCUUUUUGGACUUAGUGCUUGGCCAUCCAAAAUUCAAAAAAUUUUCGCCUGCGGCGCUGAAAAAGUGAUUUUUUUGGCAUACGGCCUUCCAAAAUUCUCAAAAUUUUUGCCUGCGGCGCAGGAAAAGGAAGAUUUUUGGCUUCUCGGCCUUCAUAAUUCCCAAAAUUUUUGCCUGUGGCGCUGGAAAAUGAAGAAUUCUGGCUUCUUGGCCUUCCAAAAUUGUACAAAUUUUCGCAUGCGCGCAAAAACCUAUGGGAUUUAA